AUGGCAUCUACAAAGGCUACUGAAGUUGUUAAGCUUCAGACGAAGCUACUGAUUGAUGAUGAACGCGAGUCAUCGGCUAUUCUGGGCCAAUUUCCCGGCAUCAAUGUUUCAGAGACCGCUUCUUUCGAGCUAUAUAAGUCCAAGUCAGGCAAAGCCCUGGUUCAUGGCCAAUCUGACAAGUUAGAAUAUGACGGCGUUUCAGAAGGAAAAGACGGCAAUAAAUAUUGUGUUGCUGUUUAUGAUCCUCAAACAAAAUCGCUACAGCUGGUACCAACUCCAUUAGUGGCUUUGUCGACCAUUGUCAAAUCUAAGAAGAGAGUUAGAGGCCCUGAUAUUAAACAAUCCAAUGUUAGAAACAGCAUUCAAAGAACGGCUCUUGGUGAAGCUUUCGGUACUAAGAAAGCCAAGAAGGCCAUUACCGACUUGGAAAGAAACAAAAUCGACGCUGAUUUAUUGCAAGACCUCGAAACCGCUAUUGUGGACACUGUUAAGACAUCUACCGAGAAUCUGCCAUCGCACGAAAAGAUCCAAGAGGCUCUUUCCUCAGAACGUCCAAUCCCACCAUACAACUUGGAAGCUACUGACACUUCUCUUAUUUAUCCACUUAUCGACGGUGUAUUCAGCAAGCAAGAGUACGAUGCCAUGAAAGUGGCUUCUAUUAUUCUCAAAGAGAAGGACGAUGCUAAACGCAUUGCCAUGUUCCCACAAAAGACCUCGACAUAUAUCCACACCCGAGUUCAGAACACUAUUCUGUCCGAGAUCUCUUCGGUUGACAAAAUCCACAAAAUCAAACUUCUUUAUUAUGCAUCCUUAUUGAUAGCUGUUUACGAGAACAGACGUAUUUCCAGCAAGACGGCGCUUCUCGCCAAGCUUGGCAACCCUCCAGAAAUCCUCGUUCAAGGCGUUAUCAAUAAAUUCACUGUUUCCAAGGCUGGUCGUUUCGGCAGAUCCAAGGACAUGAGCUUCGCCAUCGACCCUGCUUGUGAGAACAAACUUCUCUGUUACUUCCUAGUCCUGGCUCUUCAUUUAGACAACUUCUCAGUCGAGAUUCCUCCUCUUGUCCACGAACUGUCGCUCAAACCAUCCAAACUUGCUGACCUCUUCAAAGCCCUGGGAUGUAACAUCAAGGUCGUCGGUGCCUCCAAGUCAAACAACAACGCCGGUCUCAAGAUUGCCGUCCUCAAAGCUCCACUACGACUACCAGAAGUAGCCAAAAGAAAGCGUGCUGGCGGCCGUUAG